GCUUUCCAUCGCCAUCUCGCCCUGCCCGCCCGCCUUGUGCCCCUUCCACCUCCCCAAACAACACCCCUCCCACCUCACCAACAGCGCUGCCGCUGCCCGCUGCUGCAGCGAUUUGGCUUCUUCUUCCUCCUCCUCCACCAUCGUCAUCUCCUCCCUUUGCCCGCCUCGGUUGCCUGGUGUGGCUGGGCUGAGCUGAGCUGAGCUGACCUGAGAGCUUGCUUGCUCGCUCCGUCACCCGGAGUGUCACUGUCUGUCUCUGCCUUUCUUUUCCCCUCUCUCUGUGUUUGUGUCCUUGCUCUCCUUUGGCCUUUUGCUUUCCCAACCUCUCCCCGGCCUCAAUAAUGAUGGAGUCGCCGUUGCAGUGGGUUCGCUCCUGAUUCCUCAAGGCCAAAAUCCCCUGUCUCGUCUCUCCUUCUCCACCGGCGCGCCAAAAUCCAAAUCCAUCUGCAGUUUUUUCCUCUCUGAUCUUCUCUUCUUCCCGGAGUAGUAAUUUUGGUUCUAGCUUGUUUGGGGCUUUAGCUUUCCCUUCUCUUGUGCCCUGGGUCUGGGGAUUGGCCUCCUUCUUGCUGGGGAUUGGGUCAACUGGAAGUUUUCGUCUUUAGGGUCAGGUUGGAGGUGCUUCCAUUGUACCAGUGAGCAGAGAGUUGUUGAGUUGCUCUGACUUGGCACGAAUUGGGAUGCUUUUGGACGCCAUGAUGAUGGAGGCCAGGAAGGGGCUGAUGGAGAGGGAGAGGGAGAGGGAGAGGGACCAGUUCCCCGUCGGCAUGCGGGUCCUCGCCGUCGACGAUGACCCCGUCUGCCUCAAGGUUCUGGAGGUCCUCCUCCGGCGCUGCCAGUAUCAUGUGACAACCACCAACCAGGCUGCUACUGCACUGAGGCUGUUAAGGGAGAACAAGGACAUGUUUGAUCUGGUGAUCAGCGACGUCCACAUGCCCGACAUGGACGGCUUCAAGCUCCUCGAGCUCGUGGGGCUCGAAAUGGACCUCCCUGUCAUCAUGUUAUCAGUGAAUGGAGAGACAAAAUCUGUGCUCAAGGGGAUAACUCACGGUGCGUGCGACUAUCUCCUAAAGCCCGUUCGCAUCGAAGAGCUUCGGAACGUGUGGCAGCACGUCGUGAGGAGGAAGUUCAGCAACCGUGAGCCCAACAACCAUGAUCUCUGCAAGGAGAUCAGUAAGCCGCCGAGCUCCGACUCAUAUUACCGGCUCGGCCAGGCCACCUGUGACAGCCACAGGUCAUCUGACCAGAGUGGGAGGCCCAACAAGAAGAGGAAAGAGCUGCACAGCGAAGACGAAGACGAAGGCGACGACAACGACGACGCCUCGGCGUCGAAGAAGCCAAGGGUGGUGUGGUCAGUGGAGCUGCACCGGAAGUUCGUCGCUGCAGUCAACCAGCUCGGGAUCGACAAGGCUGUACCUAAAAGAAUACUCGAGCUCAUGAACGUGGAGAAGCUCACCAGGGAAAAUGUUGCGAGUCAUCUUCAGAAGUACAGGCUAUACCUCAGACGGCUAAGUGCCGUGGCAUCACAGCAAGCCAGCAUUGCUGCUGCUUUUGGAGGCAGAGACCCCUUCUUGCACAUGGGAGCAUUUGAAGGACUUCAUAGCUAUCAUCAACCCUUUGCCCCUUCUGCUUCUCUUCCAUCUUUUAAUCCGCAUGGACUGCUGAGUGGUGCUAGUGCAGCAGCAUUUGGUAUUCAGGACCUUGCUUCUCCGAAGGCAAGUCAGUGCUCUAGCAGCAACGGCGCAGGAAGUCAUUGCGCCGGCGAUACGAAUAAGUUCCACAUUGUGAGCUUACAAGACAACCAACAGGCAGAUUUAUCGCAAGGCUUGACCGCAUCGUCGCUUGUGCAGCCCCAGCUCCAGCAGAAUUGGAUCCAUCAGGAAACCAAUGAUCUGUGCUCUGUUUUUUCUGGGGGUGCUCUGGUUAACACUAUGUCUGGCACACUCCAAAGAGUUACAGGCAGUUCACUGCCACCAGAAGACCUUUUGGAGUGCACUCAACACAUCAAAGUUGGAGCCCAUCCACCAAUAGGAAUGCCAACUGCGAGUUCAGGGCUGCUUGGAAGGUCUGUCGGAGUUUCUGCCAAUCUGCGGGAUUCUGGUAUAUCUCAGCAGGGUGCUCUUCCAGUCAGUGAUGGGUUUUCUGUCGACAAGUUACCGUUGCACAUCCGGUUCGAUGGUGCCGGCGUGACAAAACUUGAUGGCUAUGUGGCUCAAGAACAAGUGAUGGACCAAAAGGGGAUAUUUUCAGAAAGAAUGACUGUCAGUGUUUGUCCUUCUGAGAGCCUCAUAGCAGCCAGCAGUGCCAAGUGUGGAGCUAGUUCUUCUGGCAGUACAAUGCUGCUCCCUCCUCAUGAUGCCGAGCGACAUUCGAGAUACCUACAGUUUGGGGUUGCAAGCAACCCAAGGCAUAGAAUGGAUGGAAUGAGACAAGACCAAAGGCUGAACAAUGGAGGUUUUAGCUAUGAUGGUGGUGUCAUUGUGCCUGAACAGGCCCAUAUGUAUGAUUUGGAAGUUCCAAAGCUGCAGGGUCAGGGUGGGUUCAACUCCAGCGGCUGCAACUUUGAUGGCCUUCUCAAUUCCAUAAUAAAAGUGGAGAACGACGAGGUGCCGUUCGCCGAAAACGACCUGGGGUGUGAACUUUUCCCGCUUGGUGCCUGCAUAUGAGAGCUAGUACUACUUAGGCUAGUCCACUGCAGACCUAGAGGAGACUGUACAGUUAUUCCUAGGGGUACUUAUCAGCUAUGCUCGUGUACACUACUAGAUAUCUGAGGUAGCUAGCUAGGAACUUAAGGGCUUGUAGUAAUCUGUACUUUCUUUCUCCUGGAGUGGGCAAUGGAAGUGAUUGUGCUCAGUUCGUCAUAAUAAGAACACAGAUAUAUGCUGUCUAA